ACAGUAUCUGAGGGCUGUAUCAGCACCGACAGAGGAAACACAGCAGUGAGACAUUAAACAGGAGAGCAACAGAUUUAUUUUCCAAACACUAACAGUUUCUAAUCGGGAGCCUGUGUGGACUUUUUAUGCUGGCCAGCCUGUCUAAAAGAAGAAACAUACUCUCAUCCUGUUUUCCACUAUUUCCUGCAUGAUCUCAGCAGAUGGUGGGUAGAGAGCAUAAAGGAACUCAUCUUCAUCUGUUCUAUACUGUAGCAAUGUUUGCCUGAUCUAUACUUACCCAAAGAUUGUGGAACAAUCUCUAAUCACUGAACCUGUGCUCGAUUUAGAUCUGUUCUGUGUCUGAUAACAUCAGGUUGGAAUGAGAUCCCGGAGCAGUGGAGAAUCGCCAUCUCAUGGGCGUGUGUCCAGGGACAACAACCAUGAAGGUGAGGAAAGCACUUCUGUAGGCAGUAAAAAGAAGAAGAAGACUCAUCGCCAACAUGAUGGAGAAAAGUUAAUGGGGGUAUCAGGUCCUGCAAAGAAACAGCAGAAAUCAACUGAAGAAAAUGAGCAACAAAAGAAGUUACUGGAGCUCUCGAAAGAUGAUCUCCUGCGUCUGCUCAGCAUAAUGGAAGGGGAAAUUGAGGCUCGAGAGGAUGUUAUUCACUUGCUGAAGUCGAACAAGAUUAAUCCGGAGUCUUUAGAGGCUUAUUAUGGUCUGGCCGUUCCUGAGACAAUUUUACGGACAUUGUACAGGGAUGCCAAUCAAGCCCAGGAAAAGAAGACAGGUGAAGAUGUUUAUGAGAAACCAAUGGCAGAGUUGGAUUUGCUGGUGGAGAAGCACAGAGAGACAUAUCGGCGUAUGUUGGAACAAUUACUUCUGGCUGAGAAGUGUCACAGGCGUACUGUGUAUGAACUGGAGAAUGAGAAACACAAGCACACAGACUAUAUGAACAAGAGCGAUGACUUUACCAACCUCCUUGAACAAGAUCGAGAGAGGUUGAAGAAAUUGCUUGAACAGGAAAAAUUCUACCAGGCACGGAAGGAAAAGGAGAACAACAAGCGAUUGAGCAAAGUGCGAGAGGAGCUGGGCAAGUUGAAAUCAUUUGCACUGAUGCUAGUGGACGAACGACAGAUUCACAUUGAACAGCUCGGCCAGCAAGCACAGAAGUUGCAGGAGCUGGGCCAGAAACUCCAAGAGGAGGAAGAGAAAUCCCGAAGUCUUGAUGAAAGAGCUAGGGAGGAAAGUCAGAGAGUAAUCCGGCUUGAGGCAGAACUUGGACACAAGUCUGCCAAGUCUUUGCAGGAGCAUGAUGAGAUGAUGGCCAAACUAGCCACCCAAGAAUCUCAAAACCACCGGUUACGACAAAAGCUGUCCAGUUUAAACUGCCGACUUGAAGAGCUGGAGGAAGCCAACAAAAGCCUACAGAAGGCCAAGGAGGAACUUCAGGAAUUGCAGGUUAAAAUUAGCCAUGGAGAGUGUGGAAACUCCAGUCUGAUGGCUGAGGUGGAAAACCUGCGAAAGCGGGUACUAGAGAUGGAGGGAAAAGAUGAAGAGAUAACUAAGGCUGAAGAUCAGGGCAGGGAACUAAAAAGGAAAUUGGAAAAGGAGGAGCUCCAUAGUAAGGAGCUGAAAAUGGAAGUGGAAAAACUACAGAAGAGAAUGGUUGAUCUAGAAAAAUUGGAAGGUGCCUUUAACAAAAGCAAAUUUGAAUGUUCACAGCUACAUGUUAGCUUAGAUAAAGAAAGGAAUCUGGCAAAAGACUUGGUCAACGAGUUGGAAUUGGUGAAAGCCAGAGUGAAAGAACUUGAAACAUCAGAGGCCAGACUGGAAAAAAGUGAAUUCCUCUUGAAAGAUGACUUGACAAAGCUGAAGUCUUUUACUGUGAUGUUAGUAGAUGAGAGAAGAGGUGUGGCAGAAAAGUUGCAUCAGGAAGAACAGAAAGUGAGUGAUCUUAAUAGCAAGUUGAUGCAGGAACAAAAUAAAACAACAGAGAUAACAGAGAAGCUGAUUGAAGAGAGCAAGAAGCUUCUCAAAUUGAAAUCGGAGAUGGAAGAGAAAGUGUCUGCCCUGCUCAACGAAAGAAAUGAAUUGAAGGUAAAGCUCAAAGAUGAAGAACAAAAAUCGAAUGAGCUGAGCUUUAGAGUUGGCCUGUUGAAGAAGAGGCUUGACCGUGUAGAAGAAACUGAAAGUGAUACCCUCCGAAAUAAGGCCAAGAAAGAACUGGACAGACUUCCAGAAGACACUGGACUUGACAAUAAUAAAAUAAAAGAGCUAACGUUGGAAAUCGAGCGGUUGAAAUCUCGAUUAAAGCAGCUGGAGGUGGUGGAAGGUGAUCUGAUGAAGACUGAGGAUGAAUACGAUCAGCUAGAGCAGAAAUUCAAGACUGAGCAGGACAAAGCAAACCUCCUGACCCAUCAGCUGGAAGAAUUAAAAAAGCAGAUGACCAGGGGCAAGGAGAAAGGAGAAGCCUUGACCCUGGAGGCUGAGGCUCGUAAUCGGCUUCGACUCGAGGAGGCAGAGGUUCAAGCACUCAAGGAGAAGAUUCAUGAGCUGAUGAACAAGGAGGACCAACUCUCCCAACUGCAGGCCGAUUACUCCAUCCUCCGGAAGAAAUUCCAACAAGAGGAAAGUAAAAACAAAGACAUGGGCCAGGAGGUGGUCAGCUUGGCAAAGGAGCUGGAGCUAUCCAAACGAUACAGCCGGGCCCUGAGGCCCUGCCUCAAUGGCAGAAGGAUGGUCGAUGUCCCAGUCACAUCCACAGCCGUCCAGACCGAAAGCCCACCCAAUGGGCUUGGGGAAGAAGACAAUGCUGCAGUUUUUAUCCGAAAGUCUGUCCAAGAAGAGAACCACCUGAUGAGCAACCUCAGGCAGAAGAAGCCCAUGGAGCGGCCCUCGGUGCUGGAGCGCUAUCCACCAGCUGCCAAUGAGUUAAACCUAAGGAGAUCAUGGAUCCCCUGGAUGAAGAAGAAGGAGAACAGCACUGAGAGAGCCACUCAGGCCAGUGCAAACCCCAGGGAGGUGAUCGUGGCCCAGAGGCAAGGCCAGCCACUGCACAUUCGAGUGACCCCUGACCACGGCAACAGCACUGCCACUCUGGAGAUCACCAGCCCGUCAGCUGAAGACUUCUUCUCCAGCACCACAGUCAUCCCCACCCUGGGUCAGCAGAAGCCGCGCAUCACCAUCCUGCCCGCUCCCACUGUUGCCUCAUCCAAAGGCAAAGCCUCAGACAGCUCCUUCUCACCAGAGCGUGCAGCAUCUCCUGUUACAAUCACCACUUUCUCCAGGGCUACCUCCCCCCCAGAAAGAGGCAAGGCUGCCUUUCUGGACACAACUACUUGUCCAGACACAUCUGCCUCCCCCAUUCAGAUCAUGACAGUUUCUACUUCGGCAGCCCCCGAGUCUUCAGUCCCUCCGAAUCAAGCCCAGGAACCAGCCAUGGGACGGGCAGUUUUCAAAGUGUCCCCAGAGAAACAGACGGUGCCAACACCAACUCGAAGAUACAGCCCAAACACCAACAUCAUAACGACUGAGGACAACAAGAUUCACAUCCACCUGGGCAGUCAGUUUAAAAGGCCCGGCAGCAGCUACACCGAAGACACCAGCCCUCUGAUAACUGUUCGGCCUCUGUCUGUUGCUGGUGGGUGUGAGAACAAGGAGGUGACAAUGGGAACAGUUCUCCGUUCCCCUCGUAACUGCACUGCUCCUAAAAACUCAACCAACAAAAUGACCAGCAGCAUCACUAUAACUCCAGCCAGUACCACAUCCACAAGGACUACAACGUCAGUGGCAGCACAGGAGGGGUCAGCACAACGACCCACACCCACACGCAUCCCCAUGUCAAAAGGUAUGAAAGCAGGAAAACCAGUAGUGCCAGCUGUUGGAACAGGAGGUGUGGCAAAAUAUGAAUCUCGUACUGAAAGCCAGUCAAUGAGAAUUGAACUGAAGAAGUCUCCUGUCAGCAGUCCGAUCUCUCAGGCUGGGGGGAAGAGCUGAGGAUAGACAUCAUGGGAAAGCAUAGUCAUUCAUCAGGUACAGAUGACAUCGGCAUGAUGGUCCUCUAAUUGUUGGGAGCGUGCCUGUGAUUUUAUUGCACUGCAUUACUGCUGGUUGAAAGAAACAUUGCCCUAGGCUGCAGCCUCCAUGGCUCUGAUUCCAGUCUUGUAUGCUACUGACCACUACGAGAGAGACACUGUAAUCAUAACCUGUAUAUUUUUUGAAGAAAUUGAAAAUUUCAUUUUAUGUGCAUAGAAUUAGCUCAUAAUUUUUCCCGCGUUGUAAGAAAAGAGGAACAGAGGCACAAUGUCAAGAUUUGCUGCAAUUUGUUUCAUUACACGGAAGUGUAUAUUUUAGAAAUAUCCUCUUAAUUUGUACAUGGCCAAUGGUAUCAUGGGUUCAUUUAUCACAACACGCUGAUCAACUCUUCUCCCUUGACAAGGGACAGAAUAGCAUCGCUUUGAAAUUCAAAGAAGAGGGAUAAAUGAAACAUCUGUUAAUCUGAUAUAACCUCAUUCAGAAAUUAAGACAAUUAAUUUUCAUAUAUCGAUUGACUUUUAAUUUACCUUUUAGUUCUGCUUGGUAUUUAAUGUGAAUCAUUUUGAUUCUGUAGCAACACUUCAAUCUGUACCUAAAUAAAGAAAAGUAAACUAAUUUUUUUUUUUACACUUCAGAAAUGUUUAAGUUCUUUUGAAUUUGAAAUUUUAAAACAAGAUUUUUCAUUUUCAAGGACUUCUCCAUUUUGAAACAAAACUCCUUGCUGCAGCGAUGAUUCUAGACUUGAAGCUGUGGUCAGAUUAGCUAGUUGGCACUGCCCUGCCUUGGUUUGUUCUUCUAGCAGCGUUAUACUGCAAAAUAACAUACCAGUGUUUUGAGAUGUAAUUUUAAAGUUGACUAUCAAAACGGCUGAUAAGCAUCCUAUGUUCUCCUAGCCAUGGUGCUGCACAAUGCUGAUGAAUUGUUAAUGAAUAUGAUGCACAUCUUACAUUCUGGUUUUAAAAAUCUACAGCACCAUCUGACCGAUUGCAAGUGCAAUUCAAGUUUUAAAUAAUUAAAGACUAUAUAUUUAA